AUGUUCCAGAAGAUAUCAGAAGCUCCAGAGCAGCUGGUGUGUGUUUGGGUGCUGCUGUGUGUUCUUCUGCUGACUGCAGUCAUAGUGCUGUGUGUCCACAUCUAUACAAAGAGCACAAACUACACACAAGAGAGACAGCAGCUGCUAACUAAGAUCACCAACCUCUCAGAAGAAAGAGACCAGUUAAAAUCAGAAAGAAAUGAACUUCAGAAACGUUUAGCAGAUGGAUGGAAGUACUAUCAAUCCAGUCUUUACUUCAUUUCCUCUGAGAAGAAGAGCUGGACUGAGAGCAGAAGAUACUGUAGAGAGAGAGGAGCAGAUCUGAUCAUCAUCAACAACACAGAGGAACAAGAUUUUGUGAAGAACAUUUCUGGUAUUUCUGAUCUUUUCUGGAUUGGUCUGACUGAUAUUGAAGUGGAGGGCAGAUGGAAAUGGGUUGAUGGCAGCACACUUACCUCUGGGUUCUGGGCGUCUGGAGAGCCAAACAGCUAUCGGGGAAAAGAGGAAGACUGUGCUAUUAAUCGUUCAUCAGGAUGGGCUGAUUUUUCAUGUGAUUAUAUGUCUAAAAUGGAUCUGUAAGAAGAGUGUUCUUAAAU